UUGUACUCACAAUUCGAUAACUAUUCGAUACAAACGCACCCCCGUUCUCAGUGAAGUUAAUAAAUUAACUAAAUUGCUUUUGAGCGAAAACAAAAUUACCCGUUUACCAACCGCGCCGCGCAGUUUCGCAGAGUUCCCUUGCUUUCAUUUUCAAUUUGCCAAAUACGCCAUCGAGCGCUAGGGAUGUGCAAAAUAUCGACAGCGGAUAGCAACUCGUCAAGCAACCUUGCUCGUUAUCGCUACAGUACGCAGGAAAAAAUAAAAUUAGCAACAAAAGCAUAUUUAGCAGCCAAGAAACCGUGCUAAACGCCGCCGAAGUCGCAUAUUUUGGCUAAACCACGCCUCGCCCGCCCAUACGCGACCAUCGGAGGAGGAUCGUUCGAUCGGAAAGUCGGUAAAUCGGAUCGGUGAAAAAAAAAAUAGCCCAGGCAGGGAAGGGAAAAUAAAGGAAAAGAAAACGCCAGGUUUCGACUGCCACUUCUUUGCUACUCCUGGUACUGCUGCCUGGUACUACCGCCUGGUACUUCCACCUGGUACUCCUGGCCAUUGGCGAUCCAAUCGACGUUAUGAACAACAAUAGCAAGCGGAAAACCCGACCCACUGGCGGUGGCGGAGGUGCCAGCGGCGGCAUCUCAAGAUACAACUCCAACGACAACAGCCUGAGGCCCGCUAACAACAAGGCAGGUGCAGGAGGCGGUAACGCAGGCGGAGCAGUGCGUCCGGUGGCGCAGGGCGUCUACAACAACACGUUUUUCAUGCACUCGGCCACGGCGCUGGUGGGCAGCGUGGUGGAGGUGCGCCUGCGGUCGGGCAACAUUUACGAGGGCGUAUUCCGCACAUUCUCGGGCAACUUUGACAUCGCACUGGAGCUACCGGCGUGCAUUAAGUCCAAGAAUCUGCCGGAGGAGGGCAAGGUGCCAAAUCACAUUAUAUUCCCGGCCGACACCGUGGUGACCAUCGUGGCCAAGGACUUUGAUUCGCAAUACGCCACCGCUGGCGCUUUUCAGACAGAUGGUGCCAUCUCUGACAAGUGCAACGGUGCGCGUCUGGACGAGAAGGAACUGGAACCGUGGGAUUCUGGCGCCAAUGGCGACAUUGACAUAGAAUUGGAUAGUGCCGCCAACGGCUGGGAUCCCAACGAGAUGUUCCGCAAGAACGAGAACACGUUUGGCGUGACCUCCACAUUCGAUGACUCUCUGGCCUCGUACACGGUGCCGCUGGACAAGGGCGACUCGGUGGAGUUCAAAGAGGCCGAGGCCAAGGCCGAGAAGCUUGCCGCCGAGAUUGAGAACAAUCCGACGUGCCGCGAGCGUUUGGAUCUGGAGAACGGGGACGAGGAGGCGCUAUUCGCGGCCGUGGAACGUCCGUCGGCGGAGCAGGAUCAACGCGGGGAACGAGGGGAUCGCGAUCGCAACGAUCGGGAGAGGGAGCGCGAGGAUCGGGACAGGGACCGUGACCGCGAUCGUGGCAACAAGCCACGCGGCACCGCCGACUUUCAGCUGCGGGAGACCAUGAGCAGCGACCGCUACAUCACCAAGCAGACGCGCAGCAUCACCGGACCGCAGCUAUCGCAUGUGGGCAUGUCCUCGCAGGGCAGCGGCCGUGAUCGCGACACUCGCGGCGACGGCAGCCUAAUGAUGCAGGGCGGUGGCAUGGGCGGCGGGGCGGUCCAAGGCGGCUCCACGCAGUCCACGGCAGCUCUAAUGCUGGCCGGUGGGCUGAAGGGCGCGGGUCCGGCCCCGUCAGCCAACGCGGCUGCGGACUCGUCCAGCAAGUAUGGCGGCGGUUCGAUGGUGAAGCGCAAGACUGUGCCCCAAGGCGGCAAGGUGAUGCGCAACAAUGUGCCCGCCGGCGGCGGCAGCAAUGUGUCCAUGUCGCAGGGCGGCAACGGCAACUCUGUGGGCCAGAGCAAGGGCGGCUACCAGCCAUCGAUGGGCAUGCCGAAUCAGUACUCGUACCAGGGUAACUCGCAGAUCAUGCACGGCUCCUCUCAGUACCGCAACCAAUCUCACAUGGGAGGCGCCUCCAAGCUGAAUGGCGAUUCGAACGCCAAUGUCAAUAAGCCGCUGCCGCAGCGCCAGAUGCGCCAGUACCCAGGCUCACAGAGCAAUUCGUCGCUGAACUAUGGCGGCGAGGCCCAGUCGCUGGGCAAGCCCAUACACGGCUCCCAUGGAGGCCACCCCGGGCAGAAUAGCAACUCGCCGCCGCUGCAGACGGGCGUGCCUCAGCAGCAGCAGCAGCAACAACAGCAACAGCCGCCGCAGCAACAGCAGCAGCAUCAGAACUUGCCACCGCAGGGGCAGAACACACAACCGACGCGUCAGGUGAGGACGCGCGACAACCAGAUGCAGGAGCUGCGUCAGUUUGGCCAGGACUUCCAACUGGCGCCCAGCAACACUUCACCGCCUCAGCAGCAGCAGCAGCAACAGCAGCCACAGCAACAAGUGCAGCAACAGCAGCAGCAAGUGCAGCAGCAGCAGCAGCAACAGCGGGCGUUGCAGCAAUCCGCUUCGCCGCCGCAACAGCAGCAGCCGCAACAGCAACACGUGGUCAUGCACCAAGUGCCGCCGACGCACUUGCACCAGGCGCCCCUCUCACAGCCACACUAUGUGCCUCAGCAGCAGCCCCAACAGGCGCCGCCUCCCCAGCAGCAGCAACAUGUGCCGCUGCACUUGCAACAGAAGCAGCAGCAGCAACAGCAGCAGCAGUUGGUGGAGAGCCAGCAUCAGCACGUGCCGAAGCAGCACCAGCAGCAGCCGCAAGUGCAGCAGCAGCAGCCUCAGCUGGUUCAGGAUCCAUCGCAACAACCGCUGCCCAUUUACCAUGCAAUGCCGCCGCCGCAGACGUCGCCGGUGGUGAUUACCUCGCCGGUUCUCAUCGAGCAACCGCCGCCGCAACCCAUGCCGGUGGUGCAGCAGCAACAGCCACAGCAGCUGACCACGCCCAAGCCGGAUGUUUCGCCGGCCCCGAGCAGCAGCAACACCACCACGCCCACUGGCAUAGCCAGUACGCCCACAACCGGGGUGAUUGUCAGCGCCGGAUCGGAUAAGUCCACGCCAGCCGCCUCCAGUGCGACGAGCAGCUCCACGGCGGUGUCCUCGGGAACGACUGCUGCCGCCGGUGGUGCCAGUGCAACCACGCCCGUGGUGAAGAAGCCACAUGUGCUCAACCCGUCUGCCAAGCCGUUCACGCCCCGCGGGCCCAGCACCCCGAACCCAUCACGCCCACACACCCCACAGACACCCGUGCCCAUGACGGGCAUAUACACGGCCACGGGAGGACAUGUGCCGGCGCCAGCGACCAACCAGCCGAUCUACGUGGUGCAGCCGCAGCACCCAUUCCCGCCACCCACACUCCCGCAGGCCGGACAGCCACCACGUCUUCGUCGUGGAAACUACGCUCCAAUGGCCGCAUCACAGAUGCAUGUGUCGGCCACAACGGCCACGGGACAGCCGCUGAUGGCCACCGGACCGAUGCCGCAGUUCAUCCACUACGGACAAGCACCGCACCAGCAACAAUUCCAAUCGCAUACGUACGCGCCGAUGCAGAUGCCGCAGCAGCUGCAGUUCAUGGCGCAGACGCCGCAGUCGACCACACCGUCGCCGGGCCAGCCGCACCAGCAGUUCCAUCCGCCGCCACAGCCCUCCCCCGCCGGGGGACCCCAGCCGGCGUACACGCCGCCCACGCAGGCGCCCACCUUCCAGCUGAUGUGCGUGCACCCCCAGUCGCUCAUCGCCAAUCACUAUUUCCAGCCGCCGACGCCGCAGCAUCUCCAGCAGAAUCAGCAACAGUAUCAGAUCGUGAUGCAGCAGCAUCAGCCGCAGUGAGACAACGCCAGCUGGGCAAUGGCGAACGGGAAGCUGGCGAGCUGGAAGGCGGGGGGCGUUGGAAAUGGGAAUGGAGAUAGAGAUGGAGACGGAGACCGGGACGGAGGCUCCUCCGGCUUGUUAAUGUCGCAGUAGCGAGUGGGAGCUGUACGGGCAGCCGUCAUCAAGCAACAGUUACACAUACACACCCGUACACGUACACCGACACCAUUACAACUCACACACAACAUGAAGCACUCAACCACAACCGCAUCAGCAUCCACAUCCGCAUCCGCAUCGGCACCUGCAUCCGAGUUCGCAUCAACCUUGAGUAAACGCGCGGCGUUUGUUGUCGCACCGAGCGAUUUUCACGCCCCACAAUUCACAAACACGCCACACCAUUCAACCAUCCACUCACAUCCUUAUGCCAUGUGCACGAGCGGCUCAUCCUGUAGCACAUCUCUCACAGACCGAAAAAAAGAACACCAACACCAACAACAACAACUAGGAAAUUAUAAAAUACAAUUAAAACAAAAGGAAACUAGUAAAUUUUUUGAAAUUGCAAGACUUCUACAGCGCACGGAAGCCAAACACAACAACCGCAUGAAGCAAACAAUCACUGAAAAAAAAGAACACCAAACGUAUGAGAAAGCAAAUGCAAAACUUAAACAAAGAAAAAUAAGAAACAAAAAAAAUAUAGAAAGCUAAAAGCAACAGUCGUCGAAUCAAUUAUAAUAAUACGAGAACAAUGAGCGUUUGUAAGAGGAGCGUUUCCUGCCCCGCACAAGUCCUGUAAGCCGAGGCGAAAUUCCAAAACCGAUUGGCUACCAAAAUUGAUACAAUCACAUUGUAAACCGAAAAGCAAAUGAAGUAGAAUCAAAAACUUGAGA